AUGCUCGAUGUUGGAUAUUCCUAUGUCAAGGCCAGACGCGAUGGUGAUGAGCUCAAGUGGGUCCAGGGACUGUCGAAGCAGGGCCUGACCCUGACCACCGAGUUUGUUGGCCACUGCUUGAUCCUGGUCUUUGAGCCAUCAUCUGUCCAACACAUCUUGGUCAAGAACUUUGAGAACUAUCCCAAGGGCCCAGCCUUCCACAAGGCUUUUUCUCCUUUCAUGGGAACCGGCAUCUUCAACGCCGAUGGUGCUGCAUGGAAGAACCAGCGCGCGCUCGCCCGUCCUCACUUCCAGGUCACCGAGUACAAGGGUGCAGCCCAUAUCGAGACGCAGAUCAACCAGGUCUUCGGCAUCCUCGAUAAGGCCAUCGCUGCAGGCGAUGUCAUCGAUGUUCAAGAUCUCUGGUCGCGAUACACCAUCGAUACUGCCACAGGGUUCCUCUUUGGUGACUGCAUCAAUGCCCUGGACGUGCCCCAGUCCAAGUUCGUGAGCGCCUUCAACUAUACUCAAAAGAUCUGCGGCUGGAAGAUCCGUCUGUGCGAUUACCAGGGACUGGUCCCUGCCAGGGAGUUCCCUCAGAAGGUCAAGGACAUGGAUGCAGUGCUCAUGCCCAUUGUCGAUGCUGCCAUCGUCAAGGAGAUCAAGCGACGCGAUGCGACUGCGGCGGGCGAGGAGAACGAGCAUCGCCACGAUAAUCUGCUAAUGCACUUCUUGAACUCCGUGGAUGAGAACGGCAAACCAUUCGACCGCAUCUACCUUCGCGACAUGUUGAUGAACUUCUUGCUCGCUGGGCGAGACACCUCGACCAACCUGCUUACCUUCAUGUGCUAUAACCUCGGUACUCACCCCGAAGUCUUGGAGCGUGUCCGCCAGGAGAUCUUUGAGGUCGUCGGCAAGGAUCGCAAGCCCGACCACGAGGACAUCAAGAAGCUCAAGUUCCUGAAGCAGGUCAUCAACGAAACCCUACGUCUGUACCCCGCCGUGCCCUUCAACAUCAAGACUUGUCUUGAGGAUGAUGUCCUCCCCAACGGUUACUUCGUCCCCAAGGGCUCGCUCGUCGUCCACUCUUCCUAUGUGACCCAUCGCAUGAAGGAGUACUGGGGUGAGGAUGCCGAGGAGUUCGAUCCCGACCGCUGGGGACCUGAGCGUGUGAAGAUGGUCCGUCCCUUCAUGUUCUUCCCCUUCCAUGCCGGCCCACGUAUCUGCCUCGGACAGAACUUUGCCUACAACCAGGUCAUGAAUACUAUGACCCGCUUAAUCCAGAAGUACACCUGGCGUGUCGUCGAUGGCUUCGUGCCCAAACCAGAGUCUGAUAUUACCAUGUACUCCAGGAAUGGAAUGCAAAUCAUCUUUGAAAAACUCCAAGCAUAA